AAUAGGAUGAAUGGAUAUUGUGGCGAGCAGCAUCUGAUUACACAGUAACGCCAGUAGGCAUCGGAGGGGGAAGACACUGUUUAUCCACCAGCCGAAGCUGUUCCUCGGUCCCCUCCGAAGAAGAAACCCUUUUUAUUUUUUAAAUUUCACUCAGGAACUUUACUUUUUAACCGAGGAGAGAAACACCGAAGCCACGUUUAACCAGUGGGACAUUUUUGGGAUCUUCCCACCGUAUAAAUGGCUGAGGGGGACCGACGCUCGACUGCGGAGUAAACUUUAAAGAUGUCGCAGUUUGUGGAGCUUUGAAAAGAGGACUAGCUAAACGCUGUUUUUAACGAGGAAAUCCAUCAGGAGAGGCGGUCAGACCCGCUGCAACUCCGAGAGGAUUUUGGUUUGUUUCUCUGGGAGAAACAGGCCCUUGGAGACAAAGACUGUCUUCUGUUUGGACGUCUGUCCAUCUAUAUAUUCAUCUUUGAUAAGUCUUUUCUGUAGCCGCCACCAUUCUUUGCUGUAAGGCCGACCCCAAUAUGUCUUCCAAUGGAGACCUUAGCAACCUGGGGAGCUCUGACAGCUUCUGGGAGCCAGGAAACUACAAAAGGACGGUGAAGCGGAUAGACGAUGGCCACCGGCUGUGUAACGAAAUAGUCAGUUGCUUCCAGGAGAGGGCAAAGAUAGAGAAAAGUUACUCUCUGCAGCUGAGCGACUGGGCCAAGAGGUGGAGGAGUGUCGUGGAGAAAGGUCCUCAGUAUGGUACGCUGGAGAAAGCGUGGCACGCCUUCAUGCAGGCAGCAGAUCGACUCAGUGAGCUGCAUCUGGAGAUGCGGGAACGGCUGUCGGGUGAGGACAGCGAGAAGGUGCGCAACUGGCAGAAGGAUGCCUUCCACAAGCAGAUGAUCGGAGGCUUCAGGGAGACCAAGGAGGCAGAUGACGGCUUCCGCAAAGCACAAAAACCCUGGGUCCGCAAACUGAAAGAGGUGGAGGUCUGUAAGAAGAGCUACCAUCAGACCAGGAAGGAGGAGUGGACGGCGUUUAACAGGGAAACGCACGCCAAGGCCGACCCGACCAAGUCGCAGGAGGAAGUUCGCAAAUACACGACCCGGGCGGAGCGCUGCACUGAGGAGGCUGAGAAAGGGAAGGAGCGCUACACGAAGGCCCUGGAGGAGCUAAACCGCUGUAACCCUCGCUACAUGGAGGACAUGGAGCAGGUGUUUGACCUCACCCAGGAGGCAGAGCGCAAGAGGUUGCGUUUCUUUAAAGAAGUCCUGCAGGACAUCCACACACACCUCGACCUGUCCGCCAAAGAAGGGUUCAGAGGCCUGCACCGGGACCUGGGUCAGACCAUCCAAGCAGCCAAUGACACCGAAGAUCUCAGAUGGUGGAGGAACACCCACGGACCGGGCAUGAGCAUGAACUGGCCACAGUUUGAGGAGUGGUCUCCAGAGGCAAGUUGCUCCAUAAGCAGGAACCGCGGCGGACACUCCGAGGACAGCGUGGUUACUCUCACCAACAUUGUCUCAUCUAGUGUGACUGAUGUCCCGCCGAGUCCCAUCACCCUGGACAGCAGGGUGAAAGAUUAUUCGUCGGACUGGUCAGACGAGGAGAUUCCUAAGAAGGUGCUGGCGCAGAACGGCGUGGGGGAGGCGGAGGACGAGGAGGAUCAGGUAGAGGCGGUGCGAGUCAGAGCGCUCUAUGAUUACGUGGGCCAGGAGGCCGAUGAGCUCAGCUUUAAAGCAGGCGAGGAGCUGCUGAAGAUGGGCGAGGAGGACGAGCAGGGCUGGUGUAAAGGACAGCUGAGCAACGGCAAAGUGGGUCUCUACCCCGCCAACUACGUCCAGGCCGUGGCGUCCUGAUGGCCCGCCCUCUCUGCUGCUCACCCAGCCAAUGGUAGCCAACUACACUCAAGAUGCCAGGACCAAUCAAAAGCUAUCAGUGCUGACAUGUAGGCCGUGAACCCACACCGUUUUUUUGGUGACGGACUGUAGAAUUACCUAAGUUAGAUAUUUUUUUAGUUUUUUUUUUUUCUGUUGUUUUGAGCGGUGUUUUUGGAAAUCAGCCAGCGGGAAAAGUCCAGUCUUUGUGAAAGACUGCUGACUCAGCAUGAGGUCAACGACAUUGUUAUUAGACAGAAGCUCUGCAGGCGAAGAGAAGUCUCCCGGAGGCCGGCCCACGUGAACAGACACUGUAGAGAAACAUGGACCCAAGUUCUCUGACGGACGUUUUAUCACAACUCUGGAUUUUUGGUUUUCUGCUAGCUGCCAUCAUGUUAGGUUACUAGAGUCAGAAAAUCCCCAUUUACUCAAAGAGGA